CCGGGCGCGGCGGCAGGGCUAGGGUCGCUGGCGAUGGCCGCGGAGCUGGCGAUGGGCGCUGAGCUGCCCAGCAGCCCGCUGGCUAUCGAAUACGUUAACGACUUCGACCUAAUGAAGUUCGAGGUGAAGAAGGAGCCGCCCGAGGCCGAGCGCUUCUGCCACCGUCUACCGCCCGGCUCGCUGUCCUCGACGCCGCUCAGCACGCCCUGCUCCUCCGUGCCCUCCUCCCCCAGCUUCUGCGCUCCCAGCCCGGGCACGGGUGGCGGCGCCGCCGGCGGCGCGGCUCAGGCUGGGGGUGCCCCUGGGCCUCCAAGCGGGGGCCCAAGCGCCGUCGGGGGCGCCUCGGGGAAGCCGGCACUGGAGGAUCUAUACUGGAUGAGCGGCUACCAGCACCACCUCAACCCCGAGGCGCUCAACCUGACGCCAGAGGACGCGGUGGAGGCCCUCAUUGGCAGCGGCCACCACGCUGGGCACCAUGGUGCGCACCACCCGGCAGCCGCCGCGGCCUACGAGGCCUUCCGGGGCCAGGGUUUCGCGGGUGGCAGCGGCGGCGCGGAGGACAUGGGCACCGGCCAUCACCACGGCGCGCAUCACACUGCCCACCACCACCAUGCCGCCCACCACCACCACCACCACCACCACCCUGGCGGCGCGGGCCCCGGCGGCGCGGGCCACCACGUGCGUCUAGAGGAGCGCUUUUCCGACGACCAGCUGGUGUCCAUGUCGGUGCGGGAGCUGAACCGGCAGCUCCGCGGCUUCAGCAAGGAGGAGGUCAUCCGGCUGAAGCAGAAGCGGCGCACGCUCAAGAACCGCGGCUACGCGCAGUCGUGCCGCUUCAAGCGGGUGCAGCAGCGGCACAUUCUGGAGAGCGAGAAGUGCCAGCUCCAGAGCCAAGUGGAGCAGCUGAAGCUGGAGGUGGGGCGCCUGGCCAAGGAGCGGGACCUGUACAAGGAGAAAUACGAGAAGCUGGCGGGCCGGGGCGGCCCCGGGGGCGCAGGCGGGGCCGGCUUCUCGCGGGAGCCUUCGCCGCCGCAGGCCGGGCCCGGCGGGGCCAAGGGCGCACCCGACUUCUUCUUGUGAGCGUCGGACCCCGAGCCCGCGCCGCUGCCCGGGACAAGCUCGCGCGGCUCGCCGGCGGCCUCGCUCGGACUCCGCAGCGCGGGCCGUGUACUC